AUGACCCAACUAUUCACCUCGCAUACGUCUCCCGUAGCGUCGGAGAAGCGGAAUUUCCAUGGCCUUUCCCUGUCGUCUAAGAAACACAGCAGCAACAACAACAACCCCGGGAACAAUAAUAAUCAAAGCAGCAACAAUGAUUCGUCCAACAACCAUUUCCCCUCGAAGAUCAAAAACUUUUUCCGUCUGAAUACCGGUGCCGGUAAUAACGGCGCAGAGCGAGAUGCCAAGGACACCGGCUCUGGGAACAACCAGGCCAAGACAGAGUCAAAGUCCAGGCAGUCUCGAUUUCUGCCGAACAUUGGCCGCAAUCGCUCGACCACCGUGGCCAGCGAAGGGAAUGCCUUGGACGAUGGUCUCUCUCCAACCGCCCAUGCCAACCCUUAUUUUGCCCACCAGGGUCAUCCCGCCCUUCGCCAUCGUAAUGAGGGUUCUCUUCCCUCGACGCCACCGGACCCGCCCGAGUUACAAGUUCAAGGCAUCUCACCCGCAGACCAAGCAAUCACUGCCGGAAAGGAAGAACUGGCGCGAAAGCUUCGCCGGGUGGCCUCGGCUCCGAACACACAAGGUCUUUUCGCUAACGACCAGUCCGGAGAACGUCCAAAGACAGCAGAAUUAGGCAAGGAGCCUUUGGCGGCCCUAACUGGAGAUCAGGUGCAAACUACUGCCGUUGAGUCUUCUUCGGAGGAACGGGGACGGUCUCUGCCCGUGCCCACUGCUGGGCCAGAUGGAAAAAUCCCGUCGCCCGGUCAAAUCCGGGCUUCCUCGACAGCCGCUUUCCGACGAACAUAUAGCUCGAACUCGAUCAAGGUGCGCAAUGUCGAGGUUGGACCCGGAAGUUUUGAUAAAAUCAAAUUGAUCGGCAAGGGCGAUGUCGGCAAGGUGUAUCUGGUGCGGGAGAAGAAGUCUAAUCGGUUGUAUGCCAUGAAAGUGCUGAGCAAGAAGGAGAUGAUCAAACGCAACAAGAUCAAGCGCGCUCUUGCAGAACAGGAGAUUUUGGCUACCAGCAAUCAUCCUUUCAUUGUAACGCUCUAUCACUCGUUCCAGUCGGAAGACUAUCUCUACCUUUGCAUGGAAUAUUGCAGUGGCGGCGAGUUCUUCCGAGCCUUGCAAACUCGGCCUGGAAAAUGCAUUCCGGAAGAUGACGCCCGGUUCUAUGCCGCCGAAGUGACAGCAGCCUUGGAAUAUCUACAUCUUAUGGGUUUCAUCUAUCGCGACCUUAAGCCUGAAAACAUUCUUCUACACCAAUCGGGGCAUAUUAUGUUAUCGGAUUUCGACUUAUCCAAACAGUCUGGUCCCGGCGGAGCUCCUACUAUGAUCCUGGGACGCAAUGGAAAUGGGCCAUCCUCGUUCCCUACCAUUGACACCAAAUCAUGCAUUGCUGACUUCCGAACGAAUUCGUUCGUCGGCACCGAAGAAUAUAUCGCGCCAGAAGUGAUUCAAGGAUGUGGUCACACCAGUGCCGUCGACUGGUGGACUUUGGGAAUCUUGAUUUACGAGAUGUUGUACGGGACAACUCCCUUCAAAGGGAAGAACAGGACUGCGACUUUUUCCAACAUUCUGCGGAAUGAUAUCCCCUUUCCCGAACACGGUGGUGCGCAGCAAACUUCCAACUUAUGUAAAUCACUCAUCCGAAAACUACUGAUCAAGGAUGAGACCAAGCGGCUUGGAGCCAGAGCUGGCGCUUCUGAUGUCAAAACGCAUCCAUUUUUCCGAAACACAUCCUGGGCCCUCAUUCGUCACAUGAAGCCGCCAAUGAUCCCUCACCAAGGACGCGCUACUGACACGCUCAACUUCCGCAACGUCAAGGAAAGCGCUAGUGUCGACAUUGGCGGACCUACUGGUAGCAAAAUAAAGGGCGUUCCGUUGGAUUCUGGCCUCGCCACUCCCAGUGGAGAAAUUGCCGAUCCUUUUGAAGAGUUCAACAGUGUCACUCUGCAUCACGAGGGGGAUGAAUAA